AUGAAUAACCACUUAAUUCUCAUUUUCUCAUUAACUUUUAUUACAAUGAUUUAUACGGAGAUGUUCGAAUAUGACUCUUUAAAGCGUUACACUCGAGAGAUAAAACAAGAAAAUUGUAUGUUACAUCUCUGUAAUGAAACCAAUUACCCUCUGAAGGCAAUUACUAAAUUGUUGAAGCAAAAGAAAAACAUAAAGUUUUUGGAAAACUUCAACGAUCAACUUUUUGAACCCUACAAACCACCCAAUCCUUUUAAAUUUGGGUUGAUUUGGAAUAAUUUAUGUGAAGUACGUCAAGUGACGAUGUAUCCAAGAAUCGGAAAAGAUAUUCAAAACAACAUGAAAGUGAUAAUUAACGUUCAAAAACAUCGCCAAGGAAUUAUUGUCGAAACAUGCAUUGAUAAUAAAAAGCAAUGUAUUGAAAAGGAAUUUCUUCCUAUUGGGCUUACAACGAGGUGUAACCAACAAUAUAUUAAGGUCCGAUUGAUUACUUUAUCCUCAAGUGGAACGUUGGGGCAAGAUUAUUUCGCAAUUCCAUCUGGGUGUAUUUGUGACAAAAGAUCUCACCAAUAAUUCAAAAUAAAUCAUAAUUUUUUCCUUCAUAAAUGUAAGAUUGGUUGCAUAAUUUGGAUAAUAAACUCAUAAUUUUUAUGAUUAACAUCACAACUAUUUUAUAACAUAGAAUAUGCUAUUUUAUUGUGUAAUAUAUGUAUUUUAAUUCUAUAUAUUUAGUAUUUAACAAAUAUGUUGUAUAAAGCCGGUUAA